AAAAUCUCAUAUUUAAAACCAAAACAUAACUAUUUUAUUUGUUUGCAGUACACCACUUCGAUCCGUACCUCAAAAACCUUCUCAUUAGUUCUUUGAAGUUGAUCAUUCGACAAAUCAAACAAUGGACUCUAUUGCAGAAUCACAGAGAACCUUGUAUCCUUAUGUGACUGGAUCCUCCGUGGUUGCUAUUAAAUACAAAGAUGGGAUUCUCAUGGCUUCUGAUAUGGGAGGUUCCUAUGGGUCUACUCUGCGAUACAAGAGUGUUGAGCGGGUGAAGCCUAUUGGGAAACAUUCCCUUAUCGGUGCCAGUGGAGAAAUAAGCGAUUUUCAAGAGAUUCAACGUUACCUCGAUGAGCUUAUCCUCACUGACAACAUGUGGGAUGACGGGAAUUCUCUAGGACCUAAGGAGGUGCACAACUAUUUAACUCGAGUGAUGUAUAAUAGGCGUAACAAGUUCAACCCUCUGUGGAACUCCCUUGUACUUGGCGGUGUGAAGAACGGGCAAAAGUACCUCGGCACGGUUAACAUGAUCGGAAUUAAUUAUGAAGAUGAUCACAUAGCUACUGGGCUAGGAAAUCAUCUUGCUAGGCCGAUUCUUCGUGAUGAGUGGCAUGAAAAUUUGAGCUUUGAGGAAGGUGUUAAGUUACUGGAAAAAUGCAUGCGUGUGCUUUUAUAUCGUGAUAGGUCUGCUGUCAACAAGAUACAGAUAGCUAAAAUGACUGAAGAAGGUGCGACUAUGUUCCCGCCAUUCUCAUUAAAAACAUACUGGGAGUUCUCUGCUUUCAAGAAUCCCACAGUUGGUGCUGAAGGUUCAUGGUAGCUGUUUGAAUAUGAAAUUAAAUGAAACUGGAGUUUGAAACGAUAUAUGAAAUGACUUUCAAUUACUUCAUUGUAUUAAAUGGAUACUGCAUCAAAUAGCUGAUGCGAGUUUGUAUUUUUCCUAAAACUUGACUAUUAUUAUUUAUUUUUCAGCAAUGGUAGUUCAACUUAAGAGUUAAAAAUCUACCACCAUUUUAAUUUUACUUAUUCUUGAAUGAUA